GAAAGCACGAUCACCGUAACGGGUACGAGCGCGAUUGCCAGGUGCAAGUAAUUUAUAUGAAUAAAUUGUAUAACCUAAGUAUUUCCAUGAAAUCUACGCAAGAUAUUUCGAAGUACAACAAAUAUAGACAGCCCUCACAUUUGUGUAUUAGUCCCACAAUGGACAUUUAGCGAGAUUGAUGUGGUAAUAAAACGGAUAUGGAAUUACUUUCACUUUGAUCAUCAGUUCGAUAAUCAAUUCAUGAAAGUCAUCCGAAGCAAAAGGACGCUGACAGUAGCUUGGAAGGAUUGAAUGCUGGAAGUUGGCUAUUUCGUUACUAAAGCUCUUCUCCACAUAAAAAUAUACAAAUGAAUUAAGAAGGCGGCGUGAGGCUAUCUAUACAAUUCUCGGUAAUUAUGCCUGAUCACCGAUCGUUGUAUCGAUCCCUUUGUCAACAAUGUUUCCUAUCAUGGUGGUCCGAUUGGCGUGUCAUCUCGUCAUAUUGAUUUAUUUCCAGCAUGCCCUCUGUGAAUGUUUGUUCAGCACACCUCUUCCCCCGGCAAACGGUGACGUAACAAUCGAUAAUUAUUCAAAUUCUGCUCACUUUACCUGCGAGAAAGGUUAUUACAUCAAUGGUAAUGCAUCCAUAGAGUGUAUAGAUGGCCAGUGGUCCGAGUCGACACCUAUAUGCAAAAGGGAUAUAGGUCACAUUGUACUCCCUGUAGGGAUUUCAGUUGGAGGACUGAUUUUGCUUCUAUUCAUCUCAUAUCUUAUCACCAUUCUAACCAGACGGCUUCGUCGAAAAAGAAGAGAGCAAGCACUCCAGAAGCGUUUGGACAGACUGUGGUCCACGAAUAAAGAUCAACUGCUCGUGAUAAGCCAUUGACUGACAUCUCGUCAGAACCUCUCAUGUUGAUAUCUCAGGCACUAAUGGCGUAAUGAGCCCCCCCCCCCCCUCCCUCCAAAAACAAAUCGAGGAUUCCCAGACAUAUGGGGCAACUUUACUUACAGUCGGCGAGAAGUAAGCGAAACGAGCGAGAUUUGUUUACCUUUUUAGGUAUAAAAAAAAGAAAUCCAAGUCAUUUGUUUUUCUUGGUCGUGAAACUUUUUUUGGGGGGGUGUGUGACCCCAAGCCCCCCCUCCCCAUCUGUACGCCAAAUGUCCGCCACAUUGAAGGGUCAACGACAAACUGUUACAUGUAUUUAAUUUUGACAUUACAUAGGGCCUACAAGGCAUAAAGAUCUUCAUGUGACAUCGUAUGUUUUUAUACAUUAAAUAAUAGGUCCAUGUAAUUACAGAGUUAACCGAAUCAAAUCUCUUUUUCAUACUCCCCCUCUCCCCCCUUUCAAAAUAUAAAAUUUCAUAGAGGCGGUCACCCUGUCGCCCACCCCUGCCCCUCUCCUCGUCUGUGGUGCUACCGCUGUACACAUUUGUAUCCCGAUGCAUUUAGAUGAUAAUUCGCUUCGCAGAAUGAGUGUACCCAUUUUUUUUUUUUGGGGGGGGGGGUGUGUGACCCCAAGCCCACUGACACUUGUCGAGUACCACGGGGUCCCACUGAAACUGAAACUUGCCACCCUUCCUUCAUGACUGUGCAUGUCGUGUUGUAUUUAUAUUCUAAAAAUAUACAUGUAUAAGCCUACACAUCAAUGUGUCAUAGUCAAGAAGUCAACUUUAUUGUAUGUACGUGUAUUAUGAGAACCGAUACAUAUAUAGCCAGCUCAUGUUUUGAUUAUUUUUUUAUUUGAAUCUUAUGAAAGUCUUGAUCUUUGAAUUGUCCUGAUACAAUAUACAUUUUAUUUCUCCACUCUCUCUCUCUCUCUCCCUGUCUCUCUUUCUACCUCUCUCUGUCACUCUCUCUCCCCCUCUUUCUGUCCGGAUAUGAUAUACAUUUUAUUUCUCCACCGUCUCCCCCUCCCCAUCUCUCUCUCUCUCUCCCUACCUCUCUCUAUCAUUCUCUCCCCCUCUUUCUCUUUCUCUCGCAUCCAUCUAUACCUUAUUUAUUAAUUAUAUUUCAAAAUGUUACUGUACAUAUGUGUAGUUCAUUAUCCAAAGUCAUAGCAAUUUAUACAUUUUAUAAAAUCACUAUAUGCUAGUUGACAAACAUUGCAUAAUCGUGUCUAUCAAUAUAAUUAUGAAUUCGUAUAUAAUGAAUUUAUGAAUUAAAUGAACAAAGAAGUAGAUCGAUCUCUUUCUUUUAGUAUUUUUUUUCCUUGGUAUUUUAUAUUGUUCAUCCACAAAUAUCAUAGAAUUGUACACAAAAUCACAGCUAAAGCAUUUAUUAUUUUUAGAAAACAGUAAUAUUUAUUAC